AGUUUUAAAAAAUUAUUAGAUUUUGUACUGACUAGUGUUCAUCUAAUUUAAAAAAUGAAACUCCACAAUUUUAUUCGAAAUUUUGAUUCAUAGAACGGAAUUGUUCUACCAAUGUAUUUAAGUGUGAUGUUUAUAUUGCUGACAUGGGAUCGAUUGCUUCGGUCCUCCAGUGGCAUUGUAGUUCUUGUUCACUGAUAAAUCCCACGGAUCGAGUGACGUGUAUUCGAUGUAAUGUACAUAGAAGUUAUGAGUGUAAGAAAAAGGUUGACCAACUCAAAACACGGACCAUUCAUGGUUGCCCGACCCCUUAUGUCACCGAUAUUCUGUGUGCUGAGGCAGAAAUUGCUGCAGGAGCCUUAAGACUUGAUGAUGCAGACCCAACUAAUAUUGAUCAUAAACCAAGUGUAGUUAAGCUUCAAUUUAAAUCUGUUAUUUUACAACGGCGUAAAUCAUGGAAUGGAUUUGAGGAUCAUUUACAUGCAUCCAUCAGGCCAUCAAAAAGUUCAACACUAGUUACAGCGGAAAAUGAUUCUUGGUUAUGUAAUACCUGUAGGAUUAGAAACUGUUCAACUCAGCAAUGUCAAAACUGUGAUUCAUUUAGAAGAACUAAAGGACGAAAAAAUGAAAUUGCCCCUAUUACCAUCGAUAUGCCAAACGAGUUUGAAAAAAAAUCUACAAGUAAUUGGACUUGUGAAAAAUGUUCUUUUACUUUAAAUCCAUUUUGGUCAGACUCCUGUGAAUCAUGUGGUUGGAAUGCUAUAACAAUGAUGCGUGACUGUGUACGAUACACACCUCCCAAGAAAAAAUGGGCAUGUAAACGUUGUACCCUACUUAAUGAUCCUAAUACAACAGUUUGCAAUGCUUGUGGUGGAUCGAAAGCUAAAAGUCUUUGCCCUGAUGAUGGAACACUACGAGAAUUUUGGACAUGUGAUAAGUGUACAUUAAAAAAUAGAAUAUCAGCACUAGUAUGUAAAGUCUGUAAAACAGACAAACGUGCAAAUAAAAAAAGACGGUCUGAUAGUCAGUGUCCAACUUGUACUUUUGACAAUGAACCAAACGCUAAACGGUGUGCUAUGUGUCACAAACACCUUGAACCAGAAUAUUAUUCUUCUAUAUUAAUAUCCAAUCAUCCAAAAAAACAAAGUGAAUUAAUGGAAAACUUAAGACGAAUUGAAGAGCAAGAAGCACGAGAAAAAUGGAAUGAAAUAGUGCUGUUUUGUAUCCAAAACAGUCAAGAAUUUGUUGAUGAUUCUUUUCCUCCAGCUGCAAAAUCGUUAUAUUAUACAGAAAAACACGAGAGCUGCCGAGUAACGCAAUGGUUAAGACCUGAAUCUAUAAUUUGUUCAGAAUUAGAUAAAGAAUCAUGCUGGACUGUGUUUAGAAAACCAAAACCUUCAGAUAUAAUUCAAGGUGUUUUGGGUAAUUGUUGGUUGUUGAGUGCUUUAACCGUCUUGGCAGAACGUGAAGACUUAGUUAGACAUGUUAUGGUUACCAAAGAUUAUUGUCAACAAGGCGCAUACCAAGUUCGACUUUGUAAAGAUGGUAAAUGGACCACAGUCCUUGUUGAUGAUUUAUUACCAUGUGACCACAGGGGAAAUCUAGUGUAUAGUCAGGCAAAACGUAAACAAUUAUGGGUUCCCUUGAUAGAGAAAGCAAUAGCUAAACUCCAUGGUUGUUAUGAAGCACUUGUUUCUGGUAGAGCAAUUGAAGGACUUGCCACAUUAACAGGAGCACCUUGUGAAAGUGUGCCAUUACAACCAUCAUCAGUUCCGACAGAAGAUGAACUAGAUCGUGAUCUGAUAUGGGCGCAGUUAUUAAGUUCACGCCUUGCUGGUUUUUUAAUGGGAGCAUCUUGUGGAGGAGGUAAUAUGAAAGUAGAUGAAGACGCUUACCAAAAUAAAGGACUAAGACCAAGACAUGCCUAUUCUGUAUUGGAUGUUCGAGAUAUUGAUAGUCAUCGAUUGUUGAAGCUAAGAAAUCCUUGGGGACACUUCUCAUGGAAUGGUGAUUGGUCUGAUGAUUCAGACAUGUGGUCAGAGAAAUUAAAAACAAUGUUAAUGCCAGAUGGAUGUUGUGAAGGAGUAUUUUGGAUAUCAUAUGAUGAUGUCUUAAAGUACUUUGAUUGCAUUGAUAUCUGUAAAGUAAGAAAUAAUAUGUGGAAUGAAGUAAGGCUUAAAGGAUAUUUGCCACCAUUAUCUUCAACUGAUCAUUUAUCAUGUGUUGUCCUCACCGUCUCAGAACCAACUGAAGCAGAAUUUACACUUUUUCAAGAAGGACAAAGGAAAUCGGAAAAGUGUAACAGAAGUCAGCUCGAUUUGUGUGUAGCAGUAAUGAGAAGUAGAGAAGUUACAUCAGAAAAACCAAUUUGCAUUGGUCGUCUUGUUGAACACAGCAAACGCCAAGUUCGUGGAUUUGUUAGCUCACACAAGAUGUUGGAGCCAGAUGUUUAUGUUGUUGUUUGUUUGGCAUUUAAUCAUUGGCAUACAGAUUUGGUAGAUCCUUCAGUUUAUCCUGAGUUUGUUUUGGCGAUUCAUAGUUCUAAACGAUUAUUAGUAGAACAGGUGUCACCACCUUCCUUUGUUUUAGCUGAUACAAUUAUUAACUUAACUUUAGCCAAAGGACAAAGACAUGAAGGCCGAGAAGGAAUGACUGCUUACUAUUUAACCAAAGGAUGGGCCGGACUUGUUGUUGUAGUAGAAAAUCGUCAUGCAAAUCGUUGGAUACAUGUGAAAUGUGAUUGUCAAGAAAGUUAUAAUGUUAUGUCAACCAGAGGAUUACUUAAAACUAUUGACUCUGUUCCACCUCUGCAUAGACAAGUUAUAAUUGUAUUGACUCAAUUAGAAGGAAGUGGAGGAUUUUCAAUUGCUCACAAAUUGACUCAUAGAUUGGCAAAUCAAGCUGGACUUCAUGAUUGGGGACCACCAGGAUGUUCUCAUUUGCCACAAAUACAAAAGUCUAUUGAAGGACUACACUCUCCUAGACUGAUUACUUAGUAUUAUAAGGCAAAAAGUACAGUUAAUAUAAAUUUCUGUGAUUUUCAUUUUUUUUUUUACUUUCUAUAGUGCGAGUACAAAUAAUUAAAUUAGGAAAACCAAAACUAUUGUAAAAAGGUUGCAAAUAAAA